AUGGCCAUGGCAUCGCUCUCUACAGUGCUCCAGAACUACCAUCCUGACCGCAAGGCUGCCAUCAACAGCCAGAUCAACCUGGAGCUCUACGCCUCCUACCUGUACAUGUCUAUGGCCUUCUUCUUCAACCAUGAGGACAUGGACCUGAAGAACAUCUCCCAGUUCUUCCCGCGCCAGUCCCGUGAGGAAAGCAAGCAUGCUGAGAAGCUGAUGUACCUGCAGAACCAGCGCAGGGGCCACAUUCGCCUACACAACAUCAGGAAACCUGACCGCGACGACUGGGAGAGCGGCCUGAAUGCCAUGGAGUGUGCCUUUCACCUGGAGAAGACUGUGAACCAGAGCCUGCUCAACCUGCACCAGCUGGCCACCGACAAGAAGGACGCUCACUUGUGCUGCUUCCUGGAGAGCAACUACCUGUACAAGCAAGUCAAGGCCAUCAAAAAGUUGGGACUAUCUCACCAAUCUGAGCAAGAUGGGGCCCCUGGAAGAUAG